UCCAAGGCGUGGUCAUUGUGAAAUUAACCCGCGCAAUUCCCUGCAUUUUGCCAGUUUCAAAAAUCGGGUGGUAAAAACCCACUAUAAAAGCGCGUGCAAAACCUUUAUCAACACAAUUCAGUCGAACAUCUCUAAACAGCAGCAAUGGCUUACAAGUUCGUCGCUCUCAGCGCUUUGUUCGCUUACGCUAGUGCCGGUAUUGUAAGCGCCCCAGCCACCCUCGCUGCCGCUCCCAUUUCCUACGCCGCUCCCGUAGCCCAUACUUACGCCGCUCCCGUAGCCCAUACUUACGCUGCUCCCAUUGCCCGUGCUUACGCUGCUCCCAUUGCCCGUGCUUACGCUGCUCCCAUUGCCCCCAUUGCCCGUUACGCCGCCCCCAUUGCCCGUUACGCCGCCCCCGUUGCUCGUUAUGCCGCCCCUGUUGCCGUAGCCCACGCUGCUCCCGUUGCCGUAGCUCACGCCGCUCCCGUCGCCGUUUCUGACGAAUAUGACCCCCAUCCACAAUACUCUUACGGAUACGACAUCCAAGACGGUUUAACCGGAGACAGCAAAAACCAACAAGAAACCCGUGAUGGUGAUGUUGUCCAGGGCAGCUACUCCCUCACCGACCCCGAUGGUACUCGCCGUACUGUUGAAUACACCGCUGACCCCAUCAAUGGAUUCAAUGCUGUUGUCCACAAAGAACCCCUUGUCGCUAAAGUCGCCGCUCCAGUUGCUUAUGCCGCCCCCGUCGCCAGAGUAGCCGCCCCAGUCGCUUAUGCCGCUCCCGUUGCCAAAGUAGCCGCUCCUUUGGCCUAUGCUGCCCCCGUUGCCAAAGUUGCCUUCGCCGCCCCAAUUGCCCGUUUUGCCGCCCCAGUCGCCGUAGCCCAUGCUGCUCCCGUUGUCGCUCACGCCGCCCCAGUUGCUGUAGCUCAUGCCGCUCCCGUCGCCGUUUCCGACGAAUACGACCCCCAUCCUCAAUACUCCUACGGAUAUGACAUCCAAGACGGUUUAACCGGAGACAGCAAAAACCAACAUGAAACUCGUGAUGGCGAUGUUGUCCAUGGUAGCUACUCCCUCACCGACCCCGAUGGCACCCGUCGUACCGUUGAAUACACCGCCGACCCCAUCAACGGAUUCAACGCCGUUGUCCACAAAGAACCUCUCGUCGCUAAAGUUGCCGCUCCCGUAGCUGUUGCCCCAGCUAUCGCCAGAGUAGCCGCCCCUGUCGCUUAUGCCGCUCCCAUUGCCAAAGUACACGCUCCUUUAGCUUAUGCUGCCCCCGUAGCCAAAGUACAUGCCCCUCUUGCAUACUCCACCUCCGUCUUCCAUUAAGAAGUGAACUGUUAUUUUAUUUAUUGUAAUGGAUUAAUAAAAAAUCCGGUUUUGACCCAA